AUGCGCUACGUGUGUCCGCAGAAAAAGAGCGCGCAUCCGCUCUCUCUCACGUCGUGGGAGGCCGAGGCGAAGAAUCCGGCCUCUCCUCCUCCACCACUCCAGUCCUCGUGCGUCGACUCGUGCAACGCGGCGAUAGACUUCCUGUUUGGGAUUCCGGCAAAGUGCCUGUUGGCGAGCCCCUUCACGUACGCCCCCUUGAAGGAGAAAGAAGAGGUGUCUGCCGUGAAGCCGGCGGUGCCAAAAGUGGCAAAACCAGGUAAGGGGUUCAUCAAGCGGCAGAGGACGGCAAAUGGCCUGCUGCUGACUGCGCUCGACGCCUAGAGCGGCCCCGCGUUCCUCGCGGCUCACAUAGAGGCACUGCGUCGGUCCCCGGCCAGCUGAUUGCAUACUUAUCUCCGCGUGGGCAGCUCCUGGCUGGCAUGCGCGCCCUCGCGCCGACAAGGCCCCGUGCGCACCCCAGGCUCCGUGACCGGGCGUGGCUCACAGGGCGCAGAGAUUGUGUGGUGCUCUGGUGCUCUAUCUGGUGCCGCGCUGCUAUUGCUCAGCUAUGCUCGCGCACCCCUCACUGGCCUCGCGUCUGUACAUCUCGUGAUCAACUUGGCGGCUGCCGUGAGGAGGGCAGCAGGUGCGCGGCACAACGCUCAUAGUUUAGUACGGAUUGUAGCUUGAGUCUCUCCAGUGCACCAGGAAGAAGGCAGGACGAGUGUGGUUGUUUCACUGUACGUCUGUGUGAUCUGACAUCUGUGAAGGUCCGCCCGGAGUUGGCUCACUGUUGUCUGUUAUAGGCAUCGUAUGAUU